CAAUGAGGCUUGGGGCAGAUUAGACGUUGUACGUUGAGUUCGUGCAGUGGGAGGAGACUGGAUCUGGAUCAAAUUUUGCUUCCUGGAUCUCGAAUUCUGCAGCGAGAAGCCACUGUGAAGAGACUGCGGACAUAAACGCUUUACAUGUUUAGCAAUUGAAGGAGGUGACUGUUGUUUAAAAUGUUCAAGCAAUUCACACCAUACGAUACAGACAUCACAUUAGUGACAAAGCCAUGCGACAUCGAUCCACUUGAUGAUGACCCGAACGUUUUGAGAGCUGUGUUAUCAUGCGGUCAUGUCGCACAUCCAGACUCCCUGACGGCUUAUUGCAGAACUCUGUUGGAAACUAAACAAACAGAACUGAGAUGUCCUGUGUGUAAAAAAGUGUGGUCAUAUAACGAAAUCCGAAAACUGGCCAAGCUUACAGCAGAAGAGCAACAAUAUUUUGAAGAAACUCUUGGGAAACAUGCUUUACAAUCACUUAACAUAAAGAAUUGCCCUUGUUGUGACAUCUUCAUUGAAAGAAUGGACUCCUCUAAUCUCUGUGUGGAAUGCGCAUUAUGCUCAGAGAGGAAAGGAAGAAUCUAUGACUUUUGCUGGCAGUGUGAGAGAGAAUGGCAAGGACCUCAGCCUCGUUCUGAUCAGUGUGGUAACGUGGGUUGUGCCAAUCGUGACCUGGAAUUGCUGAGAGACUGUAAAAUGAUCACUUUAGGUUCCGUUCGAAACAUUCAGUGUCCAUCUAUUCGUGCCUGUCCCAACUGUGGUGUCCUGAUUGAACACAGUGGUCAGGCCUGUAAAAUGAUAUUAUGUUUUGAAUGUAAUAUUGAAUUUUGCUUUCUUUGUCUAAAGCCCACUGUCGAGUGCUUAAAGACAAGCACACAUUUUAUUAUGUGCACAACUGGUGUCGCGCCGAGGCAAAUGGCAAUACCAUGAUUUUCUAUUCGGCAGGGGCCACAAGAUAGUUUAUCGCUACCUAAAACAUGAUUACCACAUUUUUUUAAGCUAUAUUGCUUGUGUUAUGAUUGAAUACAUGAUUAAAGACAAAAACUACAAAUGUUAACAAUUUGUCCCAUCAGGAUGUCUGAAGACUAGAGUGCAGGAUUGAGUUUUCUUUAAAAUUGCUUUGGUACCAUCCACAGUAACUCUGGAUGAUCCCAGAUUCAAAACCUGUCGUUACAAUUUUUUGUGAUUUCAUUUAAGUCCAGAGCAGAAGGUAAAUGAGUUACAAAGAAACUGUCUGAGAACUGCACUAUAAAACUCUCCUGGGGGGUGAUCAAGACCAUCUGACUUUAGGGCUGACUGGUUUGUUGAUUCACAUUUUUCAGUUUACUGUUGUCAGCCGGCUCUAAGCUGUGACAAAGAAGGAAACUGCACGCUGGAUAACAGUCAAAAAUAAUGAAUUUAUUAACAUAAGAAUAACAAGUAAAUGAAUCGAUAGGGUAAAUAACUAAGAACAAAAGAACAUAAGCCGAGGAACCAAACAAACAUGAAGACUAUGGCACCCCGGAAGCAUGAUAACUCCGGAAGUACCCAGAGUGGCAAAUGGAGACCGCUUAAGAGAGCGCCAUCCUCAGCCUCAUCCAGGUGUAACCACUCUUGGAAAUGAGGUCGUCAUGAGCGGCUUCCUGCAAAACAAAACAAACCCAACCACAGACAUACCAAAACAAAUACAUAACGUAAUAAAAUACGUAACAUGUAGAAUAUUUUUCAUAUUUUAUAAGUUUGGUAAUCAAACCUGGAUAAUAUUAAUAACCAUUUUUGUGAUUUGCCAAUCGAAUACUCACCAAGACAUAAGAACAUUUAGUUUUUUUUUGACAAUGAAUCAGAAUACAUUUCAUUCAUUGAUGCUUAAUAACUGGAGAAGUGACCUUACAAUCAACAAAUUAAUUAAAAACAAAUGUAUAAGUAAUAGAUAUAGAAUCGAUAAAUAUUAUUAUAUUAUUUGUAUUAUUAUUUUAUAUGUAAAUUAAUGAAUAU